CUCCCCAACAACCCAAUAUACAAUAAAAAAAAAUUUGUAUUCAAGGUCAACAUGGAGUUGGCUGUCUGAAAUUUCAGGUGAUCAAGAAAAAUUUCGUAUUAUCAUCAGUUUCGUCAUUUUUUGUGCAAGUGUUUGCAACAAGCUGAGAAGAGAUGGCAUACAAUCUCCAAUCCCUCAUCACCGUCCUACAGCAAAUCCUUCAUCCUCAACAAACACGAUGGAUUGUUAAUCAAAACAAGCCACAACUCGAAUCCAUACUUGAAAAAGCUGAAUCUCUGCUGCAGAUUCUUGAAAAGUGUUCACACGCCAAAAUAGCAAGCUUGGAGAGCCGAAUCAGAGAUUCAGCACACAGAGUAGAAGAUAUAAUUGAAUCUCGCAUGGUUCAUCAAAUGCUUUCAACCCCUCAAGGCGUGGAUGGAUCUCUCUUAUUGUUUUCUUUCUUCACACCAUACCUUGAACAAGUUCUGCAACAACUCGAUUUGGAGCAAGAUCUGGAGCUAGUAACUCGAGAUCUUGAUUUUGCAACUGGACAGGCGGUGAAGCCCACGGAACUUGAAUCUGUGAAGCUCGUGGAGGUGGAGGAAAAGAAGAUGCUGGAUGGUGCUCCUUUCUCGAGCUCCAAGAACUAUUUGGUGGGAGUUGAUGAAGAUCUAAUGCAGUUGAAGGAUCGUCUUUUAGGUAUGGAGAGAGAGUUGGAAAUCAUCGCCAUCGUUGGCAUGGGUGGGAUUGGUAAGUCCACUCUUGCUCGAAAACUUUGCAACGAUCGACUCAUUAUUGACUACUUUGCUUAUCGUGGUUGGGCCUCAAUAUCACAAGAUCCAAAUUUGCGAGAAAUUUUGUUAUGUCUUCUUCAUGGCAUAAUUGGAAAGCUCACGGAUGAACUAAUUGAGUGCAGCGAUGAUGAGUUGAAAGAUAUGUUGUUUAAGAGCUUGUGUGGACGAAAAUACAUGAUUGUCUUAGAUGAUAUAUGGAGCUCCGAAUCCUUCGAUGAAAUAAGGAUGUACUUCCCAGAUGACAACAAUGGGAGUCGAAUUGUGCUCACCACCAGGAUGGCUAGAUUAGCUGGAUAUGCUUCAAAUGAAAAGAAUUUGCACCGUGUUAAGCUUCUUGAUGAGUCUGCAAGUUGGGAACUAUUUUGCCAAAUUGUGUUUGGAGAAGAGGAUUGCCCUCUUGAAUUAGAAGAGAUAGGAAAGAACAUUGCAAGAAAUUGCAGUGGGCUUCCUCUUUCAGUUCAUGUGAUUGGAGGGUUGUUGUCAAAGGUUGAAAGGUCAAAAGGUGUGUGGGAGCAUUUUUCAACAGAUGUAGCAUCUUCAAUUGUUGAAUCAGACGAGCGGCUCUUCAAUAUACUUUCCCCGAGUUAUAACUACUUACCAAUUUACUUGAAACCAUGUUUCUUAUAUAUGGGAGUUUUUCCAGAACAUUAUGAGAUUAAAGGAUCUAGACUAAUUCGUCAAUGGAUAGCUCAAGGAUUUGUGAAAUCUAAUGGAGAUAAGAGUUUAGAGGAAGAGGCUGAGGACUACUUAAAAGCUCUUGUGGACAGGAAUCUACUUUCUGUUACACGAAAAAAGUCCAAUGGCAAACCAUUGAGUUAUUCAAUCCAUGAUCUUUUGUGGGAUCUAUGCAGAAGGGAAGCUAAUGAGGACAGCUUUCGCUGUGUAAGUUUUCAGCCAUCAUAUGAAAUGGAAGAUGAGUAUGUUUCACCACAAUUGAUGCCACAUGCUCGAUCUUUUAUAUGCACUUGGAAGAAGAAUAUAUCUCCUAUGUUUUCCACAUUAAGAUUGCUUAGGGUGCUAGAUGUAAUUAGAAUGGUAUUCGAGGAGUUCCCACGAGAAAUAAUACAACUUGUCAACCUACGGUAUUUAGCUUUCUCCUGCACUUCAGGUUUACCUAUUGGAAUAUCAAGAUUGUGGUAUCUGCAAACCUUGAUUUCUGCACAAUAUGUGCCCUAUGUGCCAUCUGAACUAUGGGAGAUGUCUGAGUUAAGACAUCUCAAGUUGAUUACAAAAUUCAAAAUCAAGGAGACUACAUUUGUUCAUAAGAAGCUGCAGACGCUUUCCUGUGUGUGGGUACUUCCUUCUCUAAUUAGGAGUGGUUUUUUCGAAACCAUUCCAAAUAUCAGAAAGUUGGGAAUCUAUUAUGAAGACUCACCAAAGAUUGAAAUUGAUCUUAGCUAUCUUCACAAGCUUGAAAAAUUAAAAUGUCAGUCUGCAUUGAAUAAAGAUGGUAGCCGUUUUCUGCACAAACUUAGAUUUCCAUGUUAUAUUGGAAAAUUAACUCUAGUUGGCUGUGUGGUAUUUCGGAGUUUUUUGACAACUCUACGUGCUCUACCGAAUCUGGGAGUGCUCAAAAUAGAGGCUUGUGUCUUUGAAAGCGAGGUAGAGGUAGAGGAAGAGUGGAAGUUGGCAGAUGGAGAUGAAUUCUGCUCACUGCGGUAUCUAUGUCUCAAAGACUUAAAUCUGGUACGUUGGAUAGCCGAUGAGACCAACUUCCCUAGGCUCGAAAAGCUGAUUGUAAGCGGAUGCUUUAAGCUAGAGGAAAUUCCCAGCGGCAUUGGAGAAAUCCCAACUCUCCAAGAAAUUAGCCUACAUGAAUGUGAAGAUUAUUUAGUGGCCUCAGUAGAACGAAUUAUGGAGGACCAAUUAGAAUGCGGUAACGAUGAUCUCAAAGUGGUUAUAACACAUUAGAAGCCAAAAGAAUCACUCUUCGUUUGAGCUGAACUGCUUGCCAUUUUCUGCUGCUGUGUUGCAAGUCGAGAUCUCCAGGAGACAAUGGAGAUGUGAUUGGCCUCGUUUCUUCGCGACCAAGACGGAGUAGCCAAGUCCUUUGUGGUUUAAGUUCUUUUCUGUAAUUGAGUUAUAGGUGGGCUUGAGCCUGUUAUAAGCUCCUUCGUGGGUGUUUUUUUGUUUGGUUCUUUUUCCAUGUUGCAGUCUUUGAACAAAAUUGGGAGUGUUGUUUCUUAUAGAACAUUACAAGGCAUGCUUUGAAUGUUUAUUUCAUCAUGAUUGUUUUAGGUUUUCAAAAA